AUGACCAGACAAGUGGUCGUUCAACAGACUAACGUCGAACAAGGUAAGACUGUCAAACUACCUAAACUAGCUAACUUUGAUGAAAGGGGCGACUCGAUGGAUGCAUACAACAAGCGUUUCGAAGGUCACGCCGCUGAUUGCGGGUGGGAAAGAUCAAAGCGGGCACUCGCUCUUAGUCCAUUGUUAAAGGGUAGGGCACUAACUAUCUACCACAGUCUGGGUCCGCACCAGUGCGGAGAUUAUGAGGCAUUGACAACAGCGCUGCUGAACGGUUUUGGCAUCACUGCAGACCGGAUGCUAGAGAAUUUCCGCAGAGCUCAAUUGCAAAAAGGAGAGACAUAUGUGUUAAUGUUACAGCGGUUAGAAUCGAAUCUAAACCGUUAUUGUGAACUCAUGGAGACUGCUCCUGCGAGCAUGGAGUUCUAUCAACUGAUGAUUCGUGAACAGUUCUUAGAAGCAUGCGAAUCGUCUCUGCGUGUCAAGCUCAAAGAGCAAGAAAUUGUGUCAAAUCUGUCUAUGGCCAAGCAAGCUCAGUCUCCGUGGUGUAGUGGUAUUGGCGACGGAGCUAAGCCUAAGUCUGGUGUGUCGGGGGAGCAGGAAAACUCCUCCAACAAGCAUGUGCACAAGUGCUACACCUGUGGUAAGCCAGGUCAUCGUGCAGCUGAUUGCAAGGUAAAACCGAAAUCAGGUUACAUAGCAGGUGUGAGCUCAUGUGGUAAGAAUCAUCCCAACGUCGGAAAGGAUCCACUAGCUUGGACCCUUGAGGUGGUGGACGGAAAUGUUAACGGAAAAUCGGCGAAAAUCUUCCGUGACAAAGGCGCCACUACCCACAUGGUGAGAAAAAGCUUAGUAAAGCCUGGAUCUGAGACAGGUAGACAUAUCUAUGUCAAAUUCCCAAAUGGCUAUACUAAAGAGAUGGUGGAGGUGUAUGUAUGGGUCGACACACCUUACAUCAAAGGUAAAAUCCGUGCCGUUCAACAGGAACGUGCUAUAUAUGGAUUAUUAUUGGGGAAUGUACCGGGAGUCUCUGAUUACGCAAGUCCGCCCUCAAAGAAAACGGGGGAGAGUAAGGCGCGCAGCCGACCUCAGUCAGCUGAUGCCAAGGACGACUCGCCCGGGGAUGACGUCACAGGGAGUGACCACACCCUCACCCAGCUGAAGAAUAAGGGAGAGAAGGCAAGCUGUGAUGUAAUGGAGAAAGAAGCAAAACCUCUGGUUGAAGCGACAGCAACUCCAUUAACAGGUAACUCGCUCGUGGCAGCUGUCACUACGAGGUCACAGAGCAACAAGCUGACUCGCCCAGAAAAACCUUUGAAAUUACGAGACAUUCAGGGAGUGUCUGCAAAGGAGUUUAUUGAUGCCCAAGGAAGCGACCCAACACUAGCCCAGAUACGUAGGUAUGCUGAGGAGAAAAGGGUUUUCCAACACCAGGAAGGCAAGUACUGGUACUUGCACCGUAAUGGGAAACUCGUGCGCAGAGUUGAGACGCCCCACGACACUUGGGACCAACUCGUUGUUCCACAGGAGCAUAGACUGGCUGUGUUCCGUUUAGGGCACGAAGCUUUGAUGGGAGGUCAUAUGGGUCACGCAAAGACCAGUGCGAGGAUACAAGCUGUGUUCUACUGGCCAGGAAUUACUGGGGAAGUACAGCGUUACACUCGCUCGUGUGACACCUGUCAGCUGGCCCGGGAACAGCUAGCAAAAGCAAAGGAGUACCAGAAGCAAACAUACGACAAAAAAGCAAAAGAACGCAAGUUCAGUGUAGGUGACAAGGUACUUUUCUUACUUCCCACCAGCAGGAACAAGCUCUUGCUGCAGUGA